UUCUGAUAAUGAUCACUGCAUUAAAAUUCACCUGCAUUAUGUCAUGGUUUGGUGUCCACAUUUAUACUGAAAUGCUUGCUGAAGCUCGCUUGAAGCGUGCUGGGGUGUGUUUGUUCAUGUGUGGGGGAUGUUUACAUCUUGACAGUGUGUAGAAUGUAACAGAUUAGCAGAGGCUGGGCCAAGAUCAGAAAUUAGAGUCACCUUUACCCUAGCAAUAGACCCUAAACUAUUUAGCACAUUGAUUUUCCUGCCUCCUCCUGUUUCACACGUCCUCGUCUCAGGCCUGUAUAAAAGCAAAUCCGCCUCAGGAGCUCGACGGGGUUUGAUUGUGCCUUCUGCCGGGACACUUCGCUGCCUCCCUUCCUCAUCACUUCUGCGUUACACCGCACAGACAUGGCACCGUUCGAGAAGUCCAUGGAAGUCAUGCCCUUCAAGCAGAGGAAGUGCUUAGCAACGAGAAAAGAUGAAGUCUGCACAAUUCGCUCCAAGUUCCCCAACAAAGUACCAGUUAUCGUUGAACGUUGCAGUCGGGAGAAGCGGCUUCCUCUAUUGGACAAAACUAAAUUCUUGGUCCCUCACGAGCUCACAAUUGGGCAAUUUUUGUGUCUGCUGAGGAGUAAGAUAGCACUGGAGGCGUCCCAGGCUCUGUACCUGCUGAUCUCAGGAAAAAACAUGUGCUCCAUGACGGCCAGCAUGGCGGAAAUAUACUCUCAGCACGGAGACGCAGACGGUUUCCUCUACAUGACCUAUGCCUCCCAGGAUAUGUUUGGCUGAGAAGACCUUUCAUUUGUCCCUUUUUAGGGACUGCUGAAAUCUUCACGAUCUCCAUCACGGACUGACCAAGCUCUUACCAUUGCUGCUGCUGCUGGACAUGAUCACUGUACCUGAGACUUCAGACCACUUUUCCAACCGUGAACAUGUGGACAAAAAUCUCUUCUAACCUCAAUUUUCUUUUUUUCUUUUUUUUUUUUUUUUUGGUGAGGUUUAGGAUGAGAACCAAAAACUAUGAUAUAUAACCUGUGAGAAGUUUACAUCAACUUAAAAGGUCCAUGACACUUAUCUUGGAGACACAGCUGUUCGGUCAUGGUGAUUAGAGAGCCUUCCUGAAACAAUGACUUGAGAUUGUGUAUGCUUCAGAUAGCACUGUCACAGGAAGAAAGAGGGACAGAGGAAGACGGGUGAAAACUGCAUGACAUUUCUCGUCUUUGUUGUCUUGUUGAGUGUAUUCGCUUUUCUCCUGGGAAGCCUGAUGGAUCUGAAACACCUGAGAUUUUCUGUGAACAAAUGUUAAAAGAAAAAAGUUUGCAGUGAACGUUACCUCAAUCGUUAUUGGGAAUCCUACAA